UCUCACUCUCACAGACGACGCAGCAUACGACGACGACGACACGAACGUGCAUUGCUCUCUAACGACUUGCCGAAGCGCUCACACGAGCUCACCACAACACCGCGACCAUGGCCGGCAACAUGAGCUUCACAGACAAGGCGACGCAAGCGUUGUCCGACGCACAGGAUAUCGCAACACAACAUGCACACUCACAGAUGCUGCCAAUCCACCUGGCAGUAGCACUCAUCGACCCUCUACCCGAUCAGUCCAAGGACCAACAAAACAACUCCGCACACGCAUCACAUGCUGGUAGCUCGGCAUCACUAUUCCGACAAGUAGUGGAGCGAGCACACGGCGAUCCGCAAACAUUGGAGAGAGCACUCAAUCGAGUGCUCGUCCGAACGCCGUCGCAAGACCCACCACCCGAAAAUGUCAGCGUCUCACCAGCAUUCACCAAGAUUCUCCGAGCCGCGAACGACCUGUCCAAAACACAAAAGGAUAGCUACAUCGCCGUCGACCAUCUCAUCCAAUGUAUGGUGCAAGACAGCACGAUUCAAAAAUGCCUCGCAGAAGCCAAUGUGCCCAAUGCGAAAGUGAUCGACUCUGCUGUGCAAGCCAUUCGAGGAACGAAGAGGGUGGACAGUAAGACGGCGGACGCGGAGCAGGAGAACGAGAAUCUGAAGAAGUUCACAAUCGAUAUGACGGCGAUGGCAAGAGAAGGCAAAAUUGACCCGGUCAUCGGUCGAGAAGAAGAGAUCAGACGUGUCGUUCGAAUCUUGUCGAGACGCACGAAGAACAAUCCCGUCUUGAUCGGUGAGCCUGGUGUUGGAAAGACCACAGUUGUGGAAGGUUUGGCACGACGAAUUGUCGACGCCGAUGUGCCGCAGUCUCUUGCUGCAUGCAAGCUGCUGUCACUCGACGUGGGCUCACUGGUCGCUGGUUCGAAAUACCGUGGAGAAUUUGAAGAGCGGAUGAAGGGCGUCUUGAAGGAGAUCGAAGACAGCAAGGAGAUGAUUGUACUCUUUGUGGAUGAGAUUCAUCUUCUGAUGGGUGCUGGUAGUUCCGGCGAGGGCGGCAUGGACGCAGCCAACUUGCUGAAGCCAAUGCUCGCUCGAGGCCAGCUCCACUGUAUUGGUGCCACAACACUUGCUGAAUACAGAAAGUACAUCGAGAAGGACCAGGCAUUCGAGCGACGUUUCCAACAGGUCUUGGUCAAGGAGCCUUCCAUCGCGGAAACCAUUUCCAUUCUGCGAGGACUGAAAGAGAAGUACGAAGUCCAUCACGGAGUGACCAUUCUCGACGGUGCGAUUAUUGCUGCGGCAACACUCGCUGCGCGAUAUCUCACCCAGAGACGCCUGCCUGAUUCGGCUGUCGAUCUUGUCGACGAAGCAGCUGCAGCUGUCCGUGUGGAGCGCGAGUCACAGCCCGAAAUUCUCGACAACAUGGAGCGUAAACUGCGCCAGCUUGAAAUUGAGAUCCACGCUCUGGACCGCGAAAAGGACGAUGCAUCUCAGGCUCGUCUGCGAGAAGCCCGUGCCGAGAAGGCAAACAUCGAGGAAGAGUUGAAACCUCUACGCGAGAGCUACGAGAGUGAAAAGGCUCGAUCCAAGGAGAUCCAAGACCAGAAGAUCAAGCUCGAUCAGUUGCGCAACAAGCAGGAAGAGGCCGAACGUACUAGAGAUCUGCAGACAGCUUCAGAUCUCAAGUACUACGCCAUUCCCGAUGUUGAGGUCCGCAUCAAGGAGCUGGAGGAGGAAAAGAUCAGAAAUGAGCGAGAGGCAGCUCUUCGCGCUGGGAACAACGACGACCAGACCCUCGUGACAGAUGCCGUCGGACCCGACCAGAUUAAUGAGAUUGUCGCACGUUGGACUGGCAUUCCAGUUACUCGACUCAAGACCACGGAGAAGGACAAGCUUCUGCAGAUGGAGAAAGUUCUCGGCGCGCAGGUCGUUGGUCAGAAGGAGGCUGUCACCUCAGUCGCCAACGCCAUUCGAUUGCAGCGAUCCGGACUCGCGAACCCAGGACAGCCACCAUCAUUCCUAUUCUGCGGUCCAUC